CAAAAUAACAUGGACAUUCAAAAUAUUAUGUAAUAAUUGGGAGGAGCUUAAGCUAUUAAUCCUGAAGCAUCUAUUCCUGAUACAGCAGAAUAAGUCACUAUUAGUGCUCUUGCAUUAAUCAAAAUGCUUAAAGUACAAUUUCUAAGUUAAUAAUUCUUAUAGCAUGCCAGAGCAGGCAUUCCUUUUGAAGUUAUGGGUCUAUUAUUAGGAGACAUAGUAGAUGAUUAUCACAUUAGAGUUUAUGAUGUUUUUUCAAUGCCUUAAACUGCAAGUAGUGUUUCCGUAGAAUCUGUGGAUCCAAUUUUUUAAUAAAAGAUGGUUGAGCUUCUAAACUUAACAGGAAGAAUGGAAAAUUGUAUUGGUUGGUAUCACUCACAUCCCUCAUAUGGAUGUUGGCUUUCUAGUGGUAUUUAUUAAUUUCUCAUUAUUUGAAAGUUGACAUUAAUACUCAAUAAUCAUAUGAAUAAUUAAAUAAAAAAUCAAUUGCUGUUGUUAUUGAUCCAAUACAAUCAGUCAGAGGAAAAGUAGUUAUUGAUGCAUUCAGAUUAAUACCUUAAUAAAAUAUGCUUAGUUAAUCAGAACCAAGAUAAACUACAUCUAAUACAGGACAUUUAUAAAAACCUGGAUUAGAAGCUUUGUUAAGAGGAUUAAAUAGAUAUUAUUACUCUAUUAAUAUUAAAUUUAAAUGUAAUGAUUUAGAAUAGAAGAUGCUCUAAAAUUUAUAUAAAAAUAGUUGGACUGAAGGUUUAAAGUAAUUAUUCAAUAAUAUAUUAUUAUUAGAUGUAACUCUGCUAAUGAAAAUAGCANACCUAUAUAUUUCUUUUCGAAUUCUCCUGUCAAAUGUCUUCUAACAAAUGUUGUCUUUCCAACUGCUCCAUCACCUACUACAACUAAUUUGAAUUCUGCAGCAACUUAAACAGGUUAUUAUUAUGCCAUGUUUACACUAAAAAUUUACUUAUUUAAAUAAAAAAAUUAUUAUUUUUUUUCACACAUUUAAAUAAAAAUCAAUCCAAUCAUUUUUCAAUGUUUUAGAAUUUAAAUUUUUAAAUUAUUAAUUAUAAUAAAAUAAUCAACCUCGGUAUUAAUUUUAUUUUAUUUUUCAUUCAAAAUAACAUGGACAUUCAAAAUAUUAUGUAAUAAUUGGGAGGAGCUUAAGCUAUUAAUCCUGAAGCAUCUAUUCCUGAUACAGCAGAAUAAGUCACUAUUAGUGCUCUUGCAUUAAUCAAAAUGCUUAAAGUACAAUUUCUAAGUUAAUAAUUCUUAUAGCAUGCCAGAGCAGGCAUUCCUUUUGAAGUUAUGGGUCUAUUAUUAGGAGACAUAGUAGAUGAUUAUCACAUUAGAGUUUAUGAUGUUUUUUCAAUGCCUUAAACUGCAAGUAGUGUUUCCGUAGAAUCUGUGGAUCCAAUUUUUUAAUAAAAGAUGGUUGAGCUUCUAAACUUAACAGGAAGAAUGGAAAAUUGUAUUGGUUGGUAUCACUCACAUCCCUCAUAUGGAUGUUGGCUUUCUAGUGGUAUUUAUUAAUUUCUCAUUAUUUGAAAGUUGACAUUAAUACUCAAUAAUCAUAUGAAUAAUUAAAUAAAAAAUCAAUUGCUGUUGUUAUUGAUCCAAUACAAUCAGUCAGAGGAAAAGUAGUUAUUGAUGCAUUCAGAUUAAUACCUUAAUAAAAUAUGCUUAGUUAAUCAGAACCAAGAUAAACUACAUCUAAUACAGGACAUUUAUAAAAACCUGGAUUAGAAGCUUUGUUAAGAGGAUUAAAUAGAUAUUAUUACUCUAUUAAUAUUAAAUUUAAAUGUAAUGAUUUAGAAUAGAAGAUGCUCUAAAAUUUAUAUAAAAAUAGUUGGACUGAAGGUUUAAAGUAAUUAUUCAAUAAUAUAUUAUUAUUAGAUGUAACUCUGCUAAUGAAAAUAGCAAAAGAAAUGAAUUCUGUGUUGAAGAUAUGUCUAAAUUAGCUCUAGAAUAUUAAAAAUUGAUUGGUAUUAAUUUUUAAUUUAAUUAUAAAGAUGAUGAAUCAAAAAAAGGAGAAUAAGAAACUAAGAUUAAAAAUACAGGUAAAAAAGAUCCAAAGAGACAUCUUGGUUUAAAAGUAGAUGAACUACUUGAUGAAAAUUUAAAUGCUAUAUUAGGAAGGAUGAUGGCUACAAAAGCCUUUUGA